AAUAUGCUGAGAAUUUCUCUUACUUCAUCGUCCUUUUUAAUUUACUUUUCCGUACCGCCACCUCAUCACCUCCAAGCAUAUGCUUUUUAAAUAUUCUAAUUUCCUACCCUUUCCUUUAUGUUAUAAAAACCAAACACCUAACUCUGAUUUUUCACAAUUUUUAAUUACACGUGUUCUUCUUCCCUUCUCUACAAAUUUGCAUCAAUUUUAACUUUAGUAUUUUUAUAAUUUGUUCAAUUUUGGUGAUGAAAUUUGGGAAGAGAUUGAAGCAACAUGUUGAAGAAACGUUACCCGGGUGGGGGGAUAAGUUUUUGUCAUAUAAAGAUUUGAAGAAAUUGGUGAAGCUUAUAUCGUUGGCUCCAGCUAUAUUGAGUGGAUCAGAGGAGACGGAGUUUGUGUACUUAUUGAACAGUGAGAUCGAUAAGUUUAAUUCUUUUUUCAUUGAACAAGAGGAGGAUUUUGUUAUUCGCCAUAAGGAGUUGCAACAGAGAAUACAGACAGUGAUUGAUACAUGGGGACCAAAAUUUGAUGAAUCCUCAAAGGCGCAUUACAGAGAGGAGAUGGCAAAGAUUAAAAAAGACAUCGUCGAUUUCCACGGUGAAAUGGUCCUCUUAAUCAACUAUAGUAAUAUUAACUAUACAGGGUUGGCUAAGAUAUUGAAGAAGUAUGACAAGAGAACUGGUGGAUUGUUGCGGUUGCCGUAUAUACAGAAUGUGCUUCAACAACCAUUCUUCAUAACUGAUGUCAUUUCAAAGCUGGUGAAAGAGUGUGAAAGCACCAUAAAUUCAAUGUUUCCAAUUUGUAAUAAAGGAAAAUCAAUUAGCCAAAGAGAAGCAAUAAUAACAGUAGGAGGAGAAGGAAUAUUUAGGAAGACAGUAGCAGCUCUUCUCACAAUGCAAGCAAUAAGAAAAGGAAGCUCUACUUACGGCCAUUUCUCAUUGCCACCUCUCAGUUUGCCAGAAUCUGAUGUGAUUCAGCCUUUGCAGCUCAACUCAGCAUAGCUAUACCUUGAGCUUCAGUUUAUUAUGUCACAAUUCUAUACGUGAUGAAGAGAAAGAAAUACAUGUCAUUGAUCCCAUUGUUUUUUCCA